AUGGCAGAACAAACAGCUGAUCUAAAUGAAGGCGAUCGUGUACUUAUAUCUGAAAUUUUUCCAAACUAUUCUCAAAGAAGAAAUCUAUAUUCUCAACUUAUGUGGACAAAAAUGCAUUUAUUGGUUUGUAAUUAGGAAAAACCACUUCAAACUUUCCAAAAACGAAAAAUUUCAGCUUCUCGGUCAUGUUGGCUACUUGAAAAGCAUUGAUCGCGAAAAACAAAUCGGUGUAGUUGUUGUAAUGUACGUGCCAGAUCCGGAAAAAUUCGAACUUUGUCAAGCAACUUGUGAAUGGCCAUUGGGAUCAUUGAAGCAUCCAAGAAAAGUUUUCUUUGCUUGCGGCGAUUCGAUUGCAUUGACACGUGGAAAAGAUACUGUAUGUUGUUGAGUUGAAAGGGAAAAUGUUGAAUAUUUCGGAAAUAUUGGAAAAUGAUUUUUUUAAAGAAAAAUUAGGCGAAUUGAAUUUGGGAUAAUACGAUCUUGAAAUACCUGAGAAAAGUCGAUUUUCCAAAAUCAUUUUUCCAGGCUUCUGUUGCCGUUGUGUCUCGAGUCGAAUUCAACGAACUCGGCGAAGCAUCUUAUACCGUAAUCGCUCGAAAUUCCUAUGAUUCUUAUCUCACAUAUACAAUUGAAAAUCGUCAAUCUCCUUUCAAUUCACAUCAACAAAAACGUGAUAUUUUCAUUUGUCCAAUUUAUUCUGGACCUCGUUUAGCUUUUGUUAUGCGAGAUAAUUGUUCGCCAGCUAUUCAUUCUUAUAAGGUAAUUUAUUGUUUAUCAGAAAUGUUAUUGAAUCUUGAUUUACAGCAUACAAUUCAUGGAUACACAACUGAAAAUUUGAUGAGUGUUAUCAGUAAUUGGAGAGAUGAUAGUAGUUCAUAUGCAAAAUUAGUUGAAUCAAUUCGCGCGAAUCCUGAACAAAUUCGAACUGCUGUUGAUGGAGAAUUGCCGCUUUUUCGAGCAGUUUCAGAUGAUAAUUGGAGCCUUGUUGUUGUUUUAUUAGCCCUUGGUGCUGAUAAAUUUUCGAAAGAUUUGAAAGGAAGAAGUAUAAUUCAUAUCGCAGCGGAAAGAGGAUUUGAUAGAAUGCUUGAAGGUGUUUUAUCAUUAUUGGAGAAAGAAGUUAAUCGAACUACAAAAGAGGGUGAUACUCCAUUACAUUUGGCGGCAAGAAAUGCGCAUGCAGCUUGUAUUGAUCGAUUAUUGGCAACACCUUCUUGUCAAUCGAAUAUUCAAAAUGAAAAUGGAGAUGCGCCUUUGCACGAAGUUUGUCUUUUGGCAGAAUCAUCGAAUAAAAAAGCAGCGAUUAGUCGACUUCUAACAAAUUCAAGAGCUUCAAUUCAUCAAACUAAUAAUAGUAAUUUAUCGCCUUUGCAAAUUGCAAUUAUGAAAGGACAUGUUGGAACAGUUGAACAAUUGAUUCAACUUCGACCGCCACAUCGAAGUAUUGGAACGAAAUCUGGAAUGACACCUCUACAUUUUGCUGCGAGUUGUGCUAAUGUGAAUAUUGUUAAUAAGUUGGUUGCGGUAGGUUUUUUCUGGGGAUUUAGCGAUAUAAAAUGGCCUAGAUUUUCAACCUAAAAAUUAGGGUUUUCAUUCUCGAAAUGAGAAUAAUUUGAAAAAUAUAAAUAGAACACGUCAAAAAUAUUUUUUUUCCUUUAUUUCUCAAUGAAACAUUUUUGAAAUCUGAGAAAUUUUAAGCCUGAAUAAGCCUAGAUUUUUCAAUUAAAAUUUUUUCUCGAGCCAAAUUUUUACCUACAAAACAUCAAACACGUUUCCAAUAAUAUAAAAAUUCCAAAAUUUUUCUCCAGCUUGGAAUGGAAGUUCACCGAAAAGAUAAACUUGGCCGCGGUGUCCUCCAUUACGCAGUCGAAAAAUGGACAGGACAAGCUGAAAAAGAUAUGGCGAGAUUGGCAUCAAUUCAAUCACUCGUACAUUCUGGUGCUCCUUCAAAUGUUGUUGAUGUUUAUGGACAAACACCACUUCAUUUGUUAAUUAGAGAAAUAAUUAAACAAAAUGAGACGUAUCCAGCUACUUUGAUACCGAUUUGUGCACAACUUGUUAAGACGAAUUUGGUGAGUUGGAGUUUGGAGAGGGGUGUUUUUUUGGGGAAAAGUUUUUGCGAAUUUUCAUCCUUUGAGUUUUGAUAUGCCUUAAUUUUCAUCUGAAAAAUAUAAAUAUUUCAGAACUUGGAUGAGAUGGCUAGUCGACUUCGCCCCCAUUGGCAAUUGGCUACAAUGUGCUUUUUCGUUGCAAAUGGAGCUGAUAUUAAUAUAAAGUAAUCCUCUCCUUUUCUCUCUAAAAAUCUCUCUAAAAUUUCCAGAGAUCGAAAAGGUUUGACAGUUUUGGAUUUAUGUCAAGAAUCUACAAUUCGCCCGGUAAUUGUUCAUAUUUCAAAUAUCAAAAUUCGAUCUUGCCUUCCGAUGGUUUCAAUGAAUUGCAAUGGAACAUUUGACAGUGCCGAAGUUACGAUGUGCACAUUUAUGUGUCAAGAUAAUAUUGCGAGUGUUCGAUUUGUUCCGUGUGGACAUCGUGUUGCGUGUGUUGAUUGUGCCCAGAAAACAGCGUUUCGUCGAUGUCCGUUGUGUUAUCAGAUUAUUUCGCAGGCACAGGAUAAUCGUGAGUUUUUUCAGAUUUAAAUUUGGGUUGAGGUUUGGAAAAAACAGGGGAUUUUUUGGAAUUUAAUAAAGGACUUGUAUCAACGUCAACAUAUUGGCAAAUAAAGAGAAAAAUCAAUUCCCAUAUUCAAUAAAAAUAAAAUGUUGCAAACAAUUGUCCGCUCACUUUUUUUUCAUUUUAUAAGCUGUAAAUUUUCAGUUUUUGGACCUCUGAGAUUCUCAAAUUUAGAAAUUUUUGAAAAUUGUACUCUGUUUCACAACUGAUUGGCCGGGGUGUGAAUUUGACGAAGUUUUUUGAUUUUUGAAUAUUUUUUUUGGAAAAUUUUGUAUUAGUUUUUUUUUCGAAAUUUCAACGAUAAUUCUCCAGAAAUUUCUGAUUUUGAACGUUUUAAAAAUUUUAACAAAAUGACUAUUUUUCAAAUAAAUAAUCAAACUUGAUUGAUCGAUUCUCACACACAUAAAAAAUCACAACCGUCAACAAAUAUUAUUUAUUUUUGCAGUUGGAAAUGAAGUUAUAAUUGGUUGUCGUGCUGGUGAAUCAGUCGAUGUUGCGGAAAAUUCUGCGAUAUCCGAACAAAUUAUGAAGAAAAUCGCAGAAGACGCGGCUCGUGAAGCGAAAAUUGCAGUUGAACACGAAAAAAUGAUUGAAUUGAAAGCGUUGCGCGAAAGAUUGGAACAACUUGAGAUGGAAACUAGUUGUGCAAUUUGUAUGGAUUCGAAAAUUACGGUUGGUUUUCGAUUUUGAACAUUGAGUUCAAAAAAAAAAAAUUAUAUGUUUAGCUUGUGUUUAAUUGUGGACAUACUGCUUGCUCGGAUUGUGCAUCGAAAUUAAAAUUGUGCCAUAUUUGUCGGAAAACUAUUGAAUCAAAACAGACUAUUUACUCGUGA